CAGAGGGCAAGCUAUUCACCCACCGAUCUGCAUUCAGCCGGGCAUCAGUGAUCCAGGCUUUCUUGGGCUCAGCCCCUCAACUGACCCUGCAGCUAUACAUAAGCGUCUUGCAACAGCAUAUCGGUAUUGGAAGAAAAGAAGCACAGCAGAGAAGAAAAACAGACACAAGCAUUGAACCUCUGUGACCAUGGGGAACUGGGCUGUGAAUGAGGGAGUCUCCAUCUUUGUCAUUCUAGUAUGGCUGGGACUGAAUGUCUACCUCUUUAUCACAUUCUACAAGGUUUAUGAUGAUGGAAAGAAGUACUUUUAUACUCGAAAACUUCUUGGAUCAGCACUGGCAUUGGCCAGGGCCCCUGCAGCCUGCCUGAAUUUCAACUGCAUGCUGAUCCUGCUUCCAGUCUGUCGAAACCUGCUCUCCUUCCUCAGGGGUUCCAGCGCGUGCUGUUCAACAAGAAUUCGAAGACAACUGGACAGGAACCUCACCUUUCAUAAAAUGGUGGCAUGGAUGAUUGCACUUCACACUGCAAUUCACACCAUUGCACAUCUAUUUAAUGUGGAGUGGUGUGUGAAUGCCCGGGUCAACAAUUCUGAUCCGUAUUCAAUAGCACUCUCUAACAUUGGGGAUAAGUCUGGUGAAGAGUAUCUCAAUUUUGCUCGAAUGAGAAUCAAGAAUCCUGAAGGAGGCUUGUAUGUGGCUGUGACUCGGCUAGCAGGCAUCACUGGAGUGGUCAUCACACUGUGCCUCAUAUUAAUCAUCACCUCCUCCACCAAAACCAUCCGGAGGUCCUACUUUGAAGUGUUUUGGUACACACACCAUCUCUUUGUCAUCUUUUUCAUUGGUCUCGCCAUUCAUGGAGCUGAGAGAAUUGUGCGUGGGCAGACUGAUGAGAGUUUGAAGGAACACAACCCAGAAGUUUGUGAAAAAAACAUAACUUAUUGGGGGAAACCUGGAAACUGUCCCAUUCCAAAAUUCUCUGGGAACCCUCCUAUGACGUGGAAAUGGAUUGUGGGUCCCAUGUUCCUGUAUCUUUGUGAGAGGUUGGUUCGGUUUUGGCGAUCUCAACAGAAAGUGGUCAUCACCAAGGUCAUCAUUCACCCUUUCAAGACUAUCGAACUACAGAUGAAAAAGAAGGGAUUCAAGAUGGAGGUGGGACAAUACAUUUUUGUCAAGUGCCCCAAGGUAUCCAGGCUAGAGUGGCACCCUUUCACACUGACCUCUGCCCCUGAGGAAGACUUCUUUAGCAUUCAUAUCCGUAUCGUCGGGGACUGGACAGAGGGACUGUUCAAUGCUUGUGGCUGUGAUAAGCAGGAAUUUCAAGAUGCCUGGAAACUACCUAAGAUAGCUGUUGACGGGCCUUUUGGCACAGCCAGUGAAGAUGUUUUCAGUUACGAAGUGGUGAUGUUAGUAGGAGCAGGGAUUGGGGUCACACCAUUCGCAUCCAUUCUCAAGUCAGUCUGGUACAAAUAUUGCAAUAAUGCCACCAAUCUGAGACUCAAAAAGAUCUACUUCUAUUGGCUGUGUCGGGACACACACGCCUUUGAGUGGUUUGCAGACUUGCUGCAGUUGCUGGAGACCCAGAUGCAGGAGAGGAACAACGCUGACUUCCUCAGCUACAACAUCUAUCUCACUGGCUGGGAUGAGUCUCAGGCAAAUCACUUUGCUGUGCACCAUGAUGAGGAGAAAGAUGUGAUCACAGGCCUUAAACAAAAGACCUUGUAUGGGAGGCCCAACUGGGAUAAUGAAUUCAAGACAAUUGCAAGUCAACAUCCAAAGUAAGGUGUCCCGCCAAGGUUUCUCAGGGGCUCGCUGCCUGCCCAAAUCAGUGGUUCUCAAACAGGGCUCACUUUGUAUAUUCUGGUAACU